AUGCGCUUUAUAUCUAUGAUGAGCAGAGGCACGCCCAAUCCGAUCGUCGAGCAGGUCUAUCGCUCCCGUCCGCCCUCCGCAUCGGCCAUUCUCCCCCUCUAUAACGCCUAUGCAGCUCCGCGCCCGUCACUCAUUUACUUUCCAAACACAACCCCGCCGGUAACAGUGUUCUCGGUAGUGCAGUCCAACCUGCUAUUCUUGGCGCUGUCCGAGGUAGAUACGGAACCGCUGCUCGCCUUAGAAUUCAUUCAUCGGGUUGUUGAUGUUCUCGAGGACUUCGUUGGAGCACCAUUGCUUUCCACCAAGAUCCAGGCGAACUAUGAUGUGGUCGCACAGCUUCUGCACGAAAUGUGCGAUGCGGGGGUUGUUUGCAAUACAGAGCCCAAUGCGCUACAGGAGGUAGUGGAAAUGCCAGGAUGGAUGGGGAAGCUGUUAGGCGGCGUUGGAUUGCCUGGAUCGUCGACACCGAUCCUGGGACAACCCAGUGCCAUGAAGCAAUCAGCCGCCGCCGCGGCCCAAGGACCUGCAAUUCCCUGGAGAAAGUCCGGAGUGAGACACACUUCCAACGAACUGUAUGUUGAUAUUAUCGAGUCACUUUCGGUGACGAUGGCGCCAUCAGGACGAAUACUCUCUGCGAUGUCUUCCGGUACUAUCGCCUUCACCGCCAAGAUAUCCGGUGUCCCUGAUCUGCUUCUUUCGUUAACAGCACCCGGUGGUCAAAAAGCCUUGGGACGUAAGUUGGAGCUGCCGGUUUUUCACCCAUGUGUGCGACUGGCGCGCUGGCGGGAGAACCCUGGCGAGCUCAGCUUUGUACCACCAGACGGGCGGUUCAUUCUUGCCGGGUACGAGGUGGACCUUAUGCCCACAGACCCUACACUUGAUCAACCCCCGAGUCAUAUGGAGAAGCUUUUCUUGCCGGCUAUUGUGGACAUUUGUAAAUCGCUUGGGCCGUCUGGCUCAGACUUUGAGGUCCGCCUUAUUCUCAACACAAAUUUCCCGGGAUACUCGUCCUCUAGCCGACCUGGUGUCGGGCGUAGCGGAUCAGGCACAUCUACACCCUCUUUUCUCGGGGGUGGAGGCGGCAACUCCUCAGCGCCAGCGCUAGAAGAGGUUGUGGUGACCGUCCCGAUUCCGAAAUCGGUCCGGAACAUCACAGACAUGCAAGCCAGCCGUGGAGAGGCUUUAUUCUCACCGGGCAACGGCGUAUUAGAAUGGCGCGUGCCGACCAAAGAUGCCGGCACAAUUUCCGGGACGGCGACGCUCCGGUGCACCGUCGUAGGACACUAUGCGGAUGACGAGCUGGACGACGACGUCGAAGAAAUCGACGCAGACACCAAUCUCCUUCAGGGCUACUACGACGCCAGCGCGUCUUACCAGAACCCUGAGGCAGACACGACAAAACGCAAGACUAAGAAAAAGAAGAAGAAGAAGACGCUUACACCGCCCGUUCAAUCAUCCUCGCCGCAACCUCCACCGUCACUUCCCCGGUCACAGUCACAAUCACAGAAACAGUCACCCAGCCGAGCCUACUCGGAUUCCUCCAUCUUCCUUUCGGCGCCCCGUAAAACCAAGACCCAACUAAACGCGACACUAAUGCCUAAUUCGGCAGCGGUGUCGUUCUCCGUUCGUGGCUGGCUUCCCUCAGGGCUCAAGGUAGAGAGCCUGAACAUCGAUCCGCGGCGGAGUCGCGGACUAGGCGAGGGAGUGAAACCAUAUAAGGGAGUGAAAUAUAUCUGUAUGAGUCGGAAGGGAGUGGAACGGAGGUGCUAG